AUGAUCAACCUGUGCCAGCUGACUAAACACGUACUAAUGAGUCAGCCGGUUCUCCUGGAGCUAGAGGGCCCGCUCAAGGUUUGCGGGGACAUUCAUGGCCAGUUUCGAGAUUUGAUGCGACUGUUUGACCUAUGCGGCCAUCCAGACACGACAAAUUAUCUCUUUUUGGGUGAUUACGUGGACCGAGGCAAACAGAGCUUGGAGACCAUAAGUUUACUUUUCGCAUACAAAGUAAAGUACCCAACAACAUUCUUUCUGCUGCGGGGCAAUCAUGAGUGUCAGGCUAUCACACGGAUAUACGGUUUUUUCGAUGAGUGCAAACGAAGAUAUAACGUUAAAUUGUGGAAGUCUUUUCUUGACGUCUUCAAUUGCCUCCCCGUAGCUGCAGUUAUCGAGAAUCAGAUAUUUUGCUGUCAUGGUGGAAUAUCUCCUGAUUUUAUGAAAUCGGAUAUUUCUUCUCUUGAGGACCUAAAGACCAAAAUAAAGGCUGUACCACGACCAUCAGAUGUACCCGAAGACGGGAUUGUCUGCGACCUCCUAUGGGCAGACCCCCUGAACCCGGAACUACUAGAUAAUGAUGCUGAAGAUGUGCCACAAGUCUUUCAGGAGACUGGGUUUGCGCCGAACGAGCGUGGCGUCUCCUAUGUGUUCAGUCCAGAUGUAGUAGAUCGGUUUUUGUCGAGAUUCGGGCUUGACCUUAUGGUCCGUGCACACCAGGUCGUGGAGGAUGGCUAUGAAUUUUUCGCCAACAGAUCUUUUGUAACAAUCUUCUCGGCACCAAACUACUGCGGGGAGUUCGACAAUGCAGGAGGUAUAUUUUGCCUGAGUCGCAGUGUCAGCUUCAAGCAAGCCACAAAUGAGGAGGAAAUAGACCUGGAGGGGAGCUUUCAAAUCCUCUACCCAGAAGUGAGGAAACGUUCGACCAUCAAACGGCCAACCAUGCCGCCGUCUAAGAGAUGA